AGCUGAGACUGCAUAAUGUCCAGUAGGAUGGACCUUCUUGGUUCUCUGUCGAGCGCUCUAGAGGUAGUCCUCACGACUUCUGUAAUUCAGUGGAUACAAUCUGCAUUGGCCUUGUAUGCGACCCUGAAUUUGAAUGCUUCAGAUUACCCGCCGGAUUAUUCUUCCAAAGUUUCAGAUGGAGUGCAUGCCGACUUCAUUAUAGUAGGCGCUGGUUCGGCGGGCUGCGUGCUUGUAAACAGACUGACUGAGAUCAGCAACUGGACCGUUAUGCUAGUGGAGGCGGGGGACUAUCCCUCUAUCGAAUCUACAAUACCGGGUUUGUAUUCACUCGUGGACUACUCUUUCGAAGACUGGAACUAUUACACAGUCGACGAUGGAUACACAAGUCAAGCGCACAAAUCAAAGAACAUACACCUCACCAGAGGCAAAAUGCUCGGAGGCUCCAGUGGCGCUAAUUACAUGCUUUACGUUAGAGGUAAUAAGAAGGACUACGACGAAUGGGAAGAAAGUGGACUGGAGGGAUGGUCUUUGGGACUCUU